AUGUUUAUUUCCAUUGCUGCACCACAAUUACCUCUACAAAUUGAAGAUGCCAGCAGGCCUGAAAAAACUGAAGAUGAUGGACUUAAUAUUCGAGUGAAUCAAGAUACAAGAUUGGAUAAUCGUAUUUUGGAUUUGCGAACGCCGGCAAAUCAAGGUAUUUUCCGACUGGAAGCGGGCGUCUGCAAGCUGUUUCGUGAUGCAUUAACAGCGAAGGGUUUCACGGAGAUUCACACUCCGAAAAUUAUCAGCGCUGCAUCUGAGGGCGGUGCUAAUGUUUUUACUGUUAGUUAUUUCAAAGGUUCAGCGUACUUGGCACAAAGUCCACAAUUGUAUAAACAGAUGGCGAUUGCUGCUGAUUUUGAAAAGGUGUUUACAGUAGGUGCGGUGUUCCGCGCAGAAGAUUCAAACACUCAUCGACAUCUUACUGAAUUUACGGGAUUAGAUCUCGAAAUGGCUUUUCAGUACCACUAUCACGAAGUGAUGCUUACCAUCGGUAACAUGUUUACAGAAAUCUUCAAAGGCUUACGUGAUCAGUACGCAACUGAGAUUUCUCUUGUUGGACAGCAGUUUGCUGUAGAACCAUUCACUUUUCUCGAUCCACCAUUAGUGUUGAACUUCGAGGAUGGACGAAAACUGCUCGCUGAAGCUGGAGUAGAGGUUGGGCCCGAAGAUGACUUAAGUACUCCAGCGGAGAAACUUUUGGGUCGUCUGGUGAAAGCUAAAUACGACACUGAUUUUUACAUCUUAGACAAGUAUCCGCUUGCUGUAAGGCCGUUCUAUACGAUGCCGGAUCCGAACAAUCCCCUCAGUUCCAACUCGUACGAUAUGUUUAUGCGGGGUGAAGAGAUUCUUAGUGGUGCACAGAGGAUACACGACCCGGUAUUCCUCAGUGAACGCGCGAAGCAUCAUGGCAUCGAUCUGGAGAAGAUUGCAACGUAUAUUGAUGCGUUCAAGUACGGAUGCCCGCCACAUGCUGGAGGCGGUAUAGGUUUGGAACGUGUUGUCAUGUUGUAUUUGGGAUUAGAUAACAUUCGGAAAACUUCCAUGUUCCCACGCGAUCCUAAACGAAUUACUCCAUAGAGUUAUUUUGUAAAUUUGCAACAAAUAAGAAUGAACUUUACAAUUACAACUUUACAACAUUA